AUGCUUCGAUUUGAAUUGCGUAUUGCUAGUGUUUGCAGAAAUGCACCAAAAUGUAGAAGCAAACACACUCUUGUUGGAGAUGAUUAUCAGUUCUUGCAACGAAGCGUAAUACCUACGUAUCACUUCCAGAAGAGUCUUCGCCGUUUACCAAUUCCAAAACUAACAGACACAUGUAACAGAUUUCUUGCCUCUGCAAAAGUCAUCCUUACUGAAACCGAUUACAAACGUACGGAGGAAGCGGUGCGAUCUUUUGAAAAAAGUGAAGGACCAGAGCUACAAAAAGCGCUCAUCGAGUAUGACCGCAAUCACAAGGACACGAGCUACAUCUGUGAGCCAUGGUUUGAUAUGUACCUCAAAUCUCGACUUCCUUGCCCAGUUAAUUAUAAUCCGUUUAUGAUGUAUGCGCCGGACCCGGAUGCACGUUUCAAUCACCAGGUAACUAAUGUUCGCAGUUCAAGACACUUUGUUUGGGAGCUCUCUCGUGCUACCAACUUUGCUGUUUCAUUUGCUCGGUUUAAACGUGCUCUUGAUAAGAACAUACUUGCUCCAGAAGUGUUUCAUUUGAAUCCCAAGAAGAGUGAUACUAAAUUAUUCCGAAAUGUAUGCAAAACCCUUCCGCCUACUUUGUCAUGGUUUGGGGCGGUCGCGUUCAAAGCUUUUCCUUUGGACAUGAGCCAAUACAAGUCGACCUUCAAUGGCACUCGUAUCCCUAAAAAGGAAAGAGACGUGUUAUAUCAAGAUCCAACACAGAAGCAUUUCAUGGUCCUCUGUCGUGGCAAGACUUUCGCAGUCGAUAUUUUUGACGAUGAAGGAAAUAUACUACCAGCGAAAGAUAUUCACAACUCGCUAGCCUAUAUCCUCCAGACAGGCGCCCAGCAGGAACCGGAUAAAUGCGUUGGUGCUCUGACUAGCUUAGAUCGCGACCAAUGGGCUAGUGCACGCGAAGAACUGGUAGAAGCUGGGAACGCUGAACAACUUCGCUCUAUUGACGGUGCUUUGUUUACUUUGUGCCUAGAUGAUCUGAAAUCCCAAGAUCCUUCAAGGUGA